CUUUACUCUUACCGACACAAAACAAAGAGCAGACUGGUCAAGCACUGACCUGACAAAACAGUAGCUUUAAUAUAAAUAAUGGGCAAAAAGCACAAGAAACACAAAUCAGAAAAGCACACACACGACGAGUUCACUGAGCGACCUCUGAAGCUGGUGUUAAAAGUGGCUGGGAAUGAGGUCACCACAGGCAGCCCUAAACUCGAGAGCACGUAUGACGACCCGAUAGAUUACGACAAACAUAAAGACAAGAAAAAGAAGAAAAAAAAGAAGGAAGAGAAAGCUAGAAACAGUCCACCGAUGUCACCAGUUGACGAGAAGAAAAAGAAAAAGAUGGUCAAAAAACGGAAGGGGCCGGACUCUAUGGAUCCAGACUUUGAUGAGCAAAGCAGAACUCCAGCUCGCUCUGAUGUUUCCCAGCCCCUCACCCCUUCACUUGCCAAAAUUGAAGAAAAAGAGCAGACUCCUCUACAGGAAGCUUUGAGUCAGCUCAUUCGACAGCUCCAAAGGAAGGACCCCAGUGCAUUUUUUUCCUUUCCUGUGACUGACCUGAUCGCCCCGGCAUACUCCCUCAUCAUAAAGAGACCCAUGGACUUCUGCACAAUUAAGGAGAAAGUAAAGAAAGAGCUAUACCAGUCACUUGAAGAGCUUAAGCUGGAUUUCAAAACAAUGUGUGAGAAUGCUAUGAUAUAUAACAAACCAGAUACCAUUUACUACAAAGCAGCCAAGAAACUCCUUCACUCUGGGAUGAAGAUCCUGAGCACAGAGAGACUCGACAGUUUAAAGCAAAGCAUAGAGUUCAUGGCUAACCUGCAGACAUCCAGUCAGUCUACAGAGGAUGGAGAGGACGAGGGCGGAGCUUCUGACCCUGCCAACAAGAACUCAUCUGUCAUGGACACAAGUGAUAACUCGCAGUCACCCCGUGUUGCCAACAAAGACACUCGGAGCCGGGGCCGUAAGGAGGAAGCUCAGAAAGCAAAAAAAGACCUGGAGGAGAUCAAGAAGCUCAUGGAGGAGUCUGGAGGAAAAUUGUCUAACAGAAGCCUGCAGUGUGAGCAGCUGGAUUUUGAGAGAAGGAAAUCUGAUGGUUCAACCACUCUGGGCAUCCUGAACCCUGCUGACCUGAGCGCUGGAGAUCCAGGUUACUGCCCAGUCAAACUGGGCAUGAUGGGAGGAAGACUUCAAACUGGUAUCAACACUCUUCAGGGCUUCAAAGAGGACAAGAGGAAUAUGGUCACUCCAGUUACAUAUAUGAAUUAUGGCCCAUUUAGCUCACAUGCACCUACUUAUGACUCCAGUUUUAGCAAUAUCAGCAAAGAGGACUCGGAUCUUAUUUACUCUUUCUAUGGAGAGGACAGCAGUGAGCCAGGCUAUGAAAGCAUUGCAGAUUACCUAGUCAAAUCCGAGGAGCACAUGAGCAGGUUAGCAGAUAAUAUGCUGGAUGCUUUAACCGGUGGAGAACACUCCAGACAACUGAAGGAGACAGAAUCUGAUAAUCUGCAAUCGGAGGAGCCUGCUGAGAAAGCAGUCGUAACAGGUGACGAGGUUGUUGGGUUGGAGCCUAACAGUAGAAAUGUGAAUGCUCUCAGUUCUGUGCUCGGUUCAAAUAUCGACCUUCUUCCCGAGAGCUUUGACUCUGAAGAAGCAGAGCAUUUUCAGCAGAAGCUGGAUGAGACAACAGUGUUGCUGAGGGAGUUGCAGAAGGCUCAGAAAGAAAGAUUAAGUGCUAAACAGCCACCAAACAUCAUCUGCCUGCUGGCUCCUACUGCUAAAGAACUAGAGCUUGCGGAGAAAGUUACGGGUAAUCUGACCCAAUUGACCAGUCAGGUGACCCCUAGUGAGGUGUGCAGUGUAUAUGGGAUCAGGAAGGCCAUGGGUAUUUCAUUGCCAAACAGCACUGUAGAGGACUCCUUUAUAAACCUGAACACAGUGGGAGAUAUAGCUGAAACCAUGGAGGGAGUGUGUUGAGAUCCUUCAUAAAGGCAGUCUUCAAUCUGUUCUGCUUAUUCUUAAUCCUCCCUGGGAUGGUGCUGUUUCUGUUUGAUGUGUGUUUUGCAUUUCAUUUUAUAAACAUCAGUUUUUUUUAUCGAGUAUGAUAAUUCUUAAUAAAUGAUAAAAGAA